CUAUAUAUGAUUCUUUGUUCCUAACCCCAUGAUUCUCGUUUACUCACCACUUCCAACCAAAGCAUCAUUUUCCGUUUCCGAUACCCUCCACCGUGCUCUCUCGCCACGUGUCAAUCCUUCAUUCGCCAAUCCUCCGGCGCCUGUGAUCACUGCCACACACCGCUAUCAAAACUCCCAUCCCCUCAAUCCCAACGCCUCAACCAUUUCCCCUUCGUCACGAUUUCCUCGUCGCAGCACCACACUUCCCUCUCUCUCUUGAGAUUGAGAUUGAAGCAUAUUAAUGGACAUUGCACAAGUGGGAGCCAAAGCAAGAGCUCCACCUGCAUUGGAUAUGGAAGCAACUACUUCAACAAAGAGAAGAAAAAUCGCCAUCACCAACAACGUUAACACUGAUCAAGACCUCAAAUUCUCACCAUCCUCCAUCGUUCCACUUAAGAAUUUCAGCAUAACUGCCUCGCCGGCGCCGGAGAAACGCUUCUCCAGCCACUCCGACGACGAAUCUCCGGCGUCUUGUUGCUCCAGCAACGGAUCCUUCGAACUCCAUGAAAACAGGAUCAUCACAUUCUCAGAUCUAGAGGUUGACAGCGCGCAAGUUGAAACGUCGACGUGCAACUGCGGGGAGCAAAUAAGGAGAGAGAUGAGUCUCACGAGCGAGCUUCGAACGAAUUCGCAAGAGGUGGAGUCAGUGGAGAAGAAGCUAACGACGAAGAACAAAUCUCGCUGCGUUCUAUCAACUCUGCAAAAAAUGCCAACCGAAUCGGAGCUCGAAGAAUUCUUCGCCGCUGCCGAGAAGGACAUUCAGAAACGCUUUUCAGAAAAGUAUAAUUAUGAUAUUGUGAAGGACGUGCCAUUGGAAGGACGUUACGAAUGGGUUCAAUUAAAGCCGUAAAAGUGCUUCCCUUGGCUCUUCUGGCUCUUCACCCUUGAAGGAAGAAGACGGUUAAAAACGCCACUUGCUGACAUUAUUCUUACGUUAAUUUACUUUAAUUAGGUAUUUUAUUUGGAUUCAAUUAUCCCAUCUUUCAUGCUAGGAGUACGCUUUUGUUGGGUGUACAGUUAAUUUUAUUUUUCUUCUAUGGUUAAGGAAUGAGUUCUAAGGUAAAGAGGACUCAGCUCUGUUUGUUAUUUGUGUACGGGUUAAUAGUUAUACGGAGAAGCCAAGUCCUGUGGGGAAUUAUGUAAAUUCCUUGGGGGUGACGAUGACUGUAUAACAAACGGUUCCGAUAACAAAAUUGUAGUCUUGAAUUUCUUUUAUGCU